AUGGAAAAAUUAGAGGAUCAAGAUAUUUUGGAUAAAAUAGCAAGCCUAACGGGAAAUGUAACGAAAAGCCCAUUGCUUGUCAAGAAAAAAAAUAAAAAAAAAAAAAAAAAAAAGAAAAAGAGAAAAAGUGCGUCAGUAGAAGCGAACAAGAAAAUUGUAGGAACAAAGAACAAAAAAGCAAACAAACUAACAGAGUUGUGUGAAGACAAUAAAGUUCUACAAAAAAGAGAAAUAUGUAAAUUUUUUUUUAGAAAAGGAAAAUGUAUGCAUAAUGAAAAUUGUACAUACUCACAUGAUGUUACACCAAUAUAUAAAAUAUCCAAGCUAUGUAAAUUUUUAGUUAAAGGGACAUGUGGAAAAGAAAAUUGUAUAUUUUCACACGACUAUAAUCUUUUCUUUUGUCGUAACAAUGUAAUAUACAAUUCUUGUUACAACCCAUCUUGUAAAUUUAAGCACAUAAAAAUUGACAGUACUAUUAACAAUGCAGAUCAGUAUAAUCUAGAGGUAGAUAACAUUUUGAGCAAAGAUGACAAAAUAAGAUUUCUGUAUAAUAAUAAAAAUUAUUUGAUGGAAUUAUUAAUUAACAAGUACCACAAAUUCGAUAAAUGUGAACAGCUGAAUAUAGACGAUUUGGUAAAAAAAGAAACAUACCCAUGGUUUAUCAACGGUGUCAUCGAUCUAAUUAAAUUAGACUAUAAAUCCAGUAAAGCAAAUACAUUUAUAAAACUAGUGGAAAACUAUAAAAAUAAAGUGUUCAAUGCUAAAACUCCUUUCUGUUGGAAUAAUGAAAACAUCAUAAACCACGGUGGCGAGGGUCUAAAUAUAGACGCAUCAACUAGUUCCGACUACGCUAAAAUUCCUGUGGACAACUCAGAAUAUAACCAAGUAGGGGAAAAAGAAACAGGUUUUAACAAUAACAACAAUUUCGAUAGCAAUUAUAACAAUAUCGAUACUAAUAAUGCUGAAAAUAAUUUCAGUGAUUAUAAGUUUUAUUCAAGUGACGAGGAAGAGGAUUACGCCAAAUAUCUAAAUAAAUAUUUCGAAAUAGAUGGGUAG